GAAUCCAGUGCGAAAUUGCUGCAAAAGCAGGGAUGAUUAUACAGAGAGUAGUGCUGAAUUCACGCCCCGGUAAGAAUGGAGUGCCAGUGGCUGAAAACUUCCGACUGGAACAAAGUACAAUAGCAGAUAUGAUCCAAGCAGGACAAGUGCGUGUUAGAACACUUUAUCUCUCUGUGGACCCUUACAUGCGCUGCCGAAUGAAUGAGGAUACAGGCUCAGAUUACCUCCUGCCCUGGCAGCUGUCUGAAGUUGCUGACGGUGGGGGCAUUGGGGUUGUGGAGGAGAGCAAGCACGAUAACCUUGCUAAAGGAGACUUUGUAACAUCCUUCAGCUGGCCCUGGCAGACAGUGGCCAUUCUAGAUGGAAGCUUGCUACAAAAGCUUGUUCCACAACUUGUCAGUGGACGCCUUUCCUACUUUCUUGGUGCAGCUGGCAUCACAGGGCUGACGGCCCUGUUAGGUAUAAAGGAGAAAGGACACGUGACUGUGGGUGCAAAUCAGACAAUGGUGGUGAGCGGAGCAGCCGGUGCCUGCGGCUCUUUGGCCGGCCAGAUUGGCCGUCUCGAGGGCUGCUCUAGAGUGGUGGGGAUCGCUGGCACAGAUGAAAAGUGCUCCAUUUUGGUCCAAGAAAUGGGGUUUGAUGCUGCUAUCAAUUACAAGAAGGGGAAUGUGGCAGAGCAGCUACGUGAACUCUGCCCAGGUGGUGUGGAUAUUUACUUCGAUAAUGUUGGUGGAGACAUCAGUGAUACAGUUAUAAGUCAGAUGAAUCAGAACAGCCAUAUCAUCCUGUGCGGACAGAUUUCUCAGUAUAACAAAGAUGUGCCUUAUCCUCCUCCGCUGCCUCCCGACAUAGAAAAAAUACAGAAAGAGAGGAACAUCACAAGGGAAAGAUUCUUAGUGUUGAACUAUAUGGACAAACAAGAAGCUAGUAUAUUACAACUCUGUCAGUGGAUCCAAGAGGGUAAACUGAAGGUCAGAGAGACCAUGGUAGAAGGCUUAGCAAACAUUGGUGCCGCUUUCCAGUCCAUGAUGAAUGGAGGCAAUAUUGGAAAACAGAUCGUCUCAGUUUCUAAGUAGAAGUUAUUGCUUCGGGCAAAAUAAUUGGAUUCUAUCUCUAAUAGUGAGCAAGUUUUUAAUUCUACUGAUUUCCAUUUUCUUAAAUAAACCAUUAAGUUGUUCUGUAUGUACUGAAAGCAGAGAUUCUGGGAUGUUAAGGCAGAACCUGUGCUAAUAAACUAAAUAGAACUG